CUCACUAUUGAGUAUUUUGAUGUACGGUACAUCAAAAAGUAUCACCCAACAACAUGUAGAAUGAAUGCAGCGCGUUUAUAGAAUCGUUGGAUGUAGGAGAAACCACUGCAGUGUUAAUAGACUCGACAGAAAGGAAUAUCCUACAGGUAUUGUUGUGUAGAUUGUAUACCUCAAAGAACCAGUGCUUCGAUCGAGCGGAUGUCAUGUUGUUCAGACCUAUAGAUCUAGCUGGGACAUCUUUUUUCAAAAUGACAUCUAUCAAGCGUUAUCUGUAUGUAUACAUGAACUUCAUUUAGUAGGUAUAAAAGAUGACUGAAAACUCUGGCUGUCCUGAAAUCGACAUCCACGUAGACAAGGGCGACUACGAAAAGGAUGUUCUGCAGAUAAUCAAGAUAAUACGACCAGAGUGGACUACAUGUUGCAUAACUAUUAAGCCAAUGAACCAAGGGAACAUUAAUCUGAUGCUGCUGUGUCACACCGGGACUGAGGACGAGACAGCCAUUGUGGUGCGGAUGUUUGGGGUAGCCCUCGAGGACCUCAUUCACAGGGGCAAUGAACUGGCAAUGGCAAAGUGUUGUGGCGAGAUAGGACUCGGGCCGAAAGUCUACUGUUCUUUUAACAAUGGAUUCUGCUCGGCUUACCUCCCAGGGAAGACGUUUGGCUGGUUGGAACACCCUUUCAAGGACAUUGAAAAUGCUAGAAUCGUUGCGAAGACCAUUGCGAGGUACCACUGCCGGAAAACGAUGGAAGCAGCACGGGCCUAUAAUAUCGGUAAUGGCAUGGACCUGGCUGAAGCGGCAGAGAAAAUACUCAUUGGAUGGCCAGUCAAGUUCAGUGACCCAGAAUUACAUGAACUAUUUUACAAGGAUCUUCCUGACAAGGAAGAACUACUAGAGGAACUACACUUCAUAAAAUACGUCAUUGACAACAUGGGCCUGCCAAGGGUCCUGAAUCACGGGGAUCUUAAUCCGACCAAUUUCGUAUAUAACGAAAAUACUGGAGUGAUGACGUUCGUAGAUUAUGAGAUGUGUGGGUUUAGAAUUCAGAUCGAAGACUUGACUAAGUUCUUGUUGAACACGUCAAUAGCUUUAACAGAGAGUGACAUAGAAAAGCAUAACCAUAGCCCGGAGUUCGUGAGGGCUUUCAUCAGGGCUUAUCUCGAGGAGUUGAGGCGUUUGGAUGGAAACGAAGAAAUCGUCAAUCAGGAAGAGGUGGAGAAAUACAGAGUCUUUGCAGAAAAAUUCUACCUGAUCAUGCAGUUCAUUCAUAUGAUGUUAUUGCCACAAUUUGUAAACACAGUCGGAUCUGACAAGAUCAGCUACCGCUCCUUUAUAACCUGUUAUAAAAUUCGACUGAAAUAUUACUACGAAAACAAGAAUAGGGUGCUAAGAUGACGUGACUCUGGUUUAAAGUGUAUACUUGUGGCGGCACACUGAGUUCAUGAAAGGACUCGACUCAUUGGAUACCGGACCUUACUUACACAUAAAUCACACUGCCCCUUCGUACAUGCACUGUCGGAUGGAGCCCAGCCAGUCCAUUUGUUGGGUUGUUUCAGUGUUUGUCAUAUAGCGGGUAUCCUUCUAUAUUGUGUGGUUAAUUGACCUAUUUGCAAGAAAAUCACAGACAAAGAAGUGAGCAUCUAUAUUCACAGUCACUGGGUUCUUUUAAAUUCAGAUUUCCACUUGAUAUUUUGUCAAUGUACAUGUAAAUAUAAUACAUGUACCUUAUACAAUGUUUUACAAUAAAAAAAUAGCCUGAAAUGUCAAAAGUGAAUAUUUUUCAGUCUUUUUCUUCAUGUGGGCUCUCCUAUACUUCACCAAUUACUAAUGAUGUAUGAUACAGCGCUUACAACUGAUAUUGCAGUGAUAAAAUUGAGCCGG